AUGUACUUCUCUCUCCCUUUUCCCCCGAAUCCGAAUUUCGCCCCUGUGAUUCACGACAUCUUCGAACCUGCAACUGGAACAUGGCAGUAUCUUAUCGCCGAUCCGUCAUCAUCAGCAGCUGUCAUCAUCGACCCAGUUUUGAACUACGAUCCUGCUACUCAGUCCGUGACUACUGAAUCGGCCGACUACUUGCUCUCUUUUAUCAAGGAAAAGGGCUACAAGAUCGACAAGAUUCUCGAGACACACGCCCAUGCAGAUCAUUUGACAGCAGCAUCUUACCUUAAGAAACGUCUUGCCGAGCAUCAAGAUCAUACGCCGCCCAUCUGCAUUGGCAAGCGUAUUGAAAAAGUGCAAAAGUUAUUCGCCGAAAGAUACUGUGUUCCACCAAAGGAAUAUGAAGGUGUUUUCGACAAGCUUUUUGACGACGAUGAGACCUUUACUAUUGGGAACCUGAAAGGAACCGCUAUUCAUCUACCCGGGCACACCCCGGAUCAUCUUGGUUACAUGAUUGGAGACAAUCUAUUCUGCGGCGAUUCUCUCUUCCACGUGGACAUUGGCACUGCACGCUGUGACUUUCCCGGUGGCGAUGCUAACGACCUCUACCAAUCUGGUCGAAAGCUAUUGAGCUUCCCUGACCACUUCAAGAUCUGGACGGGUCAUGAUUACCCUCCGGACGGACGCAGUGGCCCCAUGCCUUGGGUUAGCGUCGCGGAUCACAAGAAACUAAAUAAACAUCUGAAAGAAACUAUCACCAAAGAAGAGUUCGUGACUUUGCGGAAGGAACGGGAUGCAUUAUUGGCUGCACCUAAGUUGCUCCAUCAAUCUUUGCAGGUUAAUAUUCGAGCUGGACACCUUCCUGAGCCGACGAAGUUCGGUCAUCGGUUGCUUCAUGUUCCAUUGAAGCUCACUGGGGAAGGAUGGUAA